GUUUAAAUAAAAUACUUAAAGGAAAAAACACAUUUCCUUUUAAGUCAGCCAAAUUGGCUAUCAAUUCAAGAACCACCUCUUCAGUUUAAGGUUUCCGUUGAGGAAACAUUUUAGGCCUACACUGGGUUUUGUGCUUGAAGUACAGAAUGGCUCCAGGGAAACAUUCCAGGCAGAGUGGCAGUGAUCGCAAGCAGUACUCCAGUGUUUACUAUGGAGAUCGUCUGCUUCUCAAGAGAGUGCAAGAGUAUGCUGACACAGAAUCAAAGAAUGGUUAUGUGGAUUUGGAUACCAUGGUGGAAGAGCUCCAGUAUAUUUACAAAGAAUAUGGUAGAAAGAAGAAAAUAACUUUCAAGAAAGCAGUUGAAAAGGCAUACAGUUGUGUCGAGUCCAGGCAACCCAGGUCUAGCCAAGAUCAUGAUGACUUUGAGGCGAGGCAUCUAUCAAAACGACGUAAACAAGAGGAUGAUGCUUUAGAGGACUCAGACAGCGAUAGUUUCUCGUCUGACAAUCCAGAUUAUGUCUCGGUUCAGGACUCUAACUUAGUCAACAGUACCUUGAGCAACCUUUACAAGAAGGGAACUCCUACCAACACCCCCAAGAACCGCAGUGCUGCAUCCACACCCCUUGGGGGCACACCCCAGGCCACGCCCAUGCCUUCGGACAGCGAUGAGGACGAUGAUAGGGACAGCGUGGAGAUGUCCAAUGUGACCCUUGACCUGGCUGGGGUCGGCGACCCGAAGGAGGAUGAUGGAAAGCAGUCAUGUAGAAAGCCAAAGCUAUUGUUGCCAAAUAUGAAGAGGAAAGAGGAAUCUGCGCAAGAGAAUUCAUCUCAGAACGACAGUUUUUACAUCUCAAAGACCCCCAGCAAGGUUGCUAGGACACCAAGAAGAAAACCAUCUGCAAAGGGUGAGGAUGGGGUGGAGGCCAGCGCCAAAAAGAAACCUCGCUCAUCGGAAUCAGAAGGAGGCAGAAAGGGAAAGAAGAAAGUUAUAGAACCCCAGCGAUCAACAAGUACCUUUGCUGACAUGGGAGGGAAUGAUAGCACAUUAGAGGAGGUAUGUAAGCUCCUAGUCCACAUGAGACAUCCUGAAAUCUACCAGCAACUGGGCGUGUCCCCUCCUAGGGGGGUACUACUGCAUGGACCACCAGGGUGUGGCAAGACCCUCUUAGCCAAUGCUAUUGCUGGGGAGUUGGACCUACCUUAUCUCAAGCUUGCAGCCACAGAGAUAGUCUCUGGUGUUUCGGGAGAGUCUGAAGAAAACAUCCGAGAUCUCUUUGAACAAGCUCAGGCUUUAGCACCUAGUGUUCUGUUCAUUGAUGAGAUUGAUGCCAUCACACCGAAACGAGAGACUGCUCAGAGAGAGAUGGAGAGGAGGAUAGUUGCUCAGCUGUUAGCCUGUAUGGAUGAGCUCAACAAUGGAACUGCCCAUGUGAUGGUGAUUGGUGCAACAAACAGAGUGGAUUCCUUAGACCCCGCCCUGAGGAGAGCAGGGAGGUUUGAUCGUGAGAUCUCUCUGGGUAUACCAGAUGAGAAAGCAAGGACAAGGAUCUUACACGUGUUGUGUCGUAAGCUGCGUCUAUCAGGUGACUUCAGCUACCAUACCCUGGCAUCCCUGACCCCUGGCUAUGUGGGUGCUGACCUGACAGCGUUAUGCAGGGAAGCAGCAAUGGCUGCUGUCAAUAGAAUAUUCACAGAUCUUCAAAGCAAAGGAAAGCCCAUAUUGGAUGCAAUUCUUGGCACAUCACUACAACCUAACAGUACUGCCACAAUCUGUGACCAACAACAGGUACAAGAAGAAGCAAUACCAUCACAACAAGUUGCUGCCACACAACAAGUUGCUGCCACGUUACAAGGAGAUACAACUCCAACAGUAGAGGAUAUGGACACUGGAUCUGUGACAGAUUUGGUCAGCAAGUCUUCAAGCAACGAUGCAGAUACGAAGGAAACAGAGAGAUACAAAAUGGUGUUAAGUUGGUUGAAGGAACAUCCUCCUCUGUCUGAAGCCCAGCUAGAAGGUCUCUCUAUCACCAUGGAAGACUUCAAGGAAGCCUUACCCAACGUUCAGCCGUCAGCUAAACGAGAAGGUUUUGCCACCAUUCCUGAUGUAACCUGGGAUGAUGUAGGAGCUCUGGAGGGCGUCAGGGAGGAACUCACCAUGGCCAUCCUGGCUCCAGUACGUAACCCAGAAGCCUACCAUGCCCUGGGUCACAAACCCCCUGGUAUCCUCUUAGCUGGACCACCGGGGUGCGGAAAGACGCUCCUAGCGAAAGCUAUAGCCAAUGAAUCUGGGAUCAAUUUCAUAUCAGUCAAGGGACCAGAACUGAUGAACAUGUACGUAGGAGAGAGUGAGAGAGCUGUACGUCAGUGCUUCCAGAGAGCUAGGAACUCAUCACCAUGUGUUAUCUUCUUUGAUGAGCUUGAUGCUCUAUGCCCUAGAAGAUCAGAUGUUUCUGAUUCUGGGUCUAGUGCUAGGGUUGUCAAUCAGUUAUUGACCGAGAUGGAUGGCUUAGAAGCUAGGAAGCAAGUUUUCAUCAUGGGGGCCACAAACAGACCAGACAUAAUUGAUCCAGCAGUACUACGCCCAGGAAGAAUGGAUAAGAUCCUCUACGUAGGAAUCCCUUCAAAGAAGGAUAGAAUAGCAAUACUCAGGACAAUCACAAAGAAUGGUUGUAAACCUGUCUUAGAGCAGGAGGUCAACCUGAUGAACCUAGCAGAAGAUGCAAGAUGUGAAGGAUUCACGGGUGCAGACUUGGCAGCAUUUGUCAGGGAAGCCUCAAUGUCGGCACUGAGAAAGGUCAUCAAGAAUGGUCUAUUAUUAGAGAGGGGUGAUCCUGCAGCUACCUCUCAGAAGGACUCUCCGUCUAUUGUCGUCAAUGGAGACGACUUUGAGACUGCCUUCAGGAAGGUGAAACCAUCAGUAUCAAGAAAAGAUCGCAUCAUGUACCAGAGAAUGAGAACGACUGUACUGAGGGAUGUCUCGGCAUGUGAUGAUGAAGAUGCUACGUUGAAGAAACCUGAGGAAAGAAAGGAAGACUCGAAACCCGAGGAAAGCAAGGAAGACCCAAAGACAUGACCAAGACUAGAACAAACAUCCUUCUGAAACCGAUGUCAGAACACCCUUCAGUGGUUGAGAAUAAGAAGUGCCCUUGGACUUGUAUGCAUAUCUCUUUUAGAGCCAAAAGGAUAUUAAGUCAAGAAUUUAGGAGCAUUUGAAGUGCCUUUGGACUCUAAUGCAUGUUUGUGUCAGAGCUAAAAGGAUGUUAAGUCGA